GAACAGAUUGCGUAUGUUUUUGAACCUAUUGUUAAAGAAGCAGGAAAGAAUUGGCGCUUUGAAAAGUGAAAUGAAAAAGAAAAAUUGCAUAGAAAGCGAAAUCUCUGUGCGGUCAAAACCAUAGCAAGCCAGUGCACCAAAGAAAAAAUGAACAUCUCUCUGAGGAACAUCACUGAAUUGCCAGCGCAUCUUUUUAACUCACAAGAAGUCGGCAUCCUUCAACAGUUUUUUGAUUGCUACCCUUCUGACACUCACUUCAAGAAGAAUUCUAUUUGUUAUGAUCGUAAAGCGGACUCAUCGAAGCAUCUGAAGGCAUUUUAUUAUCUGACGCGAUGUUCUGAAUCUCUCUACAAUAAGUCAUUCAACUGUUUUCCUCUGAGAAGAACAUUCAUACCUAGUUAUAUGACUAUAGACACAUAUAUCGUAAACACUCAAAUUUUAAGAAACUCUGUCAUUAGCCACUUAGACAAAGAAGUAAUCUGGGGAGCCGUACUGAACAUGAAAUCCAAAGCUAUGAAGCCUCAAGGAGACAAUAAACAAAUGAAGUUUAGAGGUAUUAUUUACACAGAUGGUGUUGCCGUAUCCAUUUUGAAGCAGACCUAUGACAGUAAGAAGAAAGGUUCUGGAGGCGGCAUGCGAAAUGAUAAGAAGAUAGAAGACAUUGCUUACAUAGAAAGUCUAACUUACAAAAAUAAUUGUGUUUUGAUUGACCCCAGACGGCGUGAUGGGUUGUUCUGUAUGCACGAAAGCAGUACCGUUGAAAAGAAAAGAACUUACCGCUAUACGAGAAAUCAAAGGAACAUUAAAACAAAAACAAGAAAAUUCAUGAAACUUUGUGAAAGACUGAAACCAGAGGCCGUAAGCAAUGCAGAAGCAAUUCUUUCACGUUUAAAGUCAUCCACAGCCAUAAAAGAUCAAUACGUAGAAUAUAUAAGACAGAAAGCUACCGCGACUCAAGUUCUUCAGGAAUACUACUCGAAUGAAGACUUGCCUUUAGAAGAACCUACCAGGUCUUAUAUGACCCCUAGAGCAAAAAUGCUUAAGGAUGUUCGAAACACAGCUUAA